GAGAGAGAGAGAAAAUAACGGAUUAGAAGUAAAUUAUACCGUGAAGCGUGAUCUUAAAAAGUUAGUCGCGUGAUCGAGCAUAAUUCCAGGUGCUAAAUUUAAAUGUGUUGCCUCGAUCCCCUUGGGUUAUUUCACCUAGGUUGGCUGCGCUCGAACGGCUUGCUAGCGAAGCUCUAUCGUCAGCCCUGCCAGCAGUGGUAUCAUUGUUGAUCGUCGUUACCAGAUAUAUACGUAGUCGUGGUCGCCAUUGCCGGCGGUAGCGGCACUGUGAACAUCGCCUGCGCCAUCGCGAGCUACCACCACUACGCGAGUCAGUCGACAGUCUGCCGGCGAGCAGUGCGGACGCGUCGUGGAAGGAUUUAGUCAUCGUUGCUCGCAAGUAUUUGCUGGCACGACCGCGAUUUGCCCCACCGUCGGUGCCACGGUAACGCACGGCUCCCGCGGACAAAACCAUUUCCCCUCUGCCCGGCCCGACGACCCUCCCUCCCGUCGGUUACCCGGUGUUCUACCAGCGCCGCGGCAGUUCCCCUCUAUUGAUCGAAUUUGACCUGCGAAGUUUCCCCUAGCGUGUGCAGUAGUGGCGGCCGACAGUGGCUCUCGCGCUUACGUUCCUCGGUUAGUGCGGUAAAUAAUCGCGAUACCUCGGCAUGGCUACUCCGACCGCUUGCACGCGGUUUAGUGACAAUUACGAGCUCAAAGAGGAACUGGGCAAGGGUGCCUUCUCUGUGGUUCGACGAUGCGUUCAGAAGAGCACUGGUCACGAAUUCGCUGCGAAGAUCAUAAACACGAAAAAGCUCACCGCCAGAGAUUUUCAGAAGUUGGAACGUGAGGCACGGAUAUGCAGGAAAUUGCAGCAUCCGAAUAUCGUGAGAUUACACGACAGCAUACAGGAGGAGAACUACCAUUACCUCGUUUUCGACCUCGUGACCGGCGGCGAACUGUUCGAGGAUAUCGUGGCGCGAGAAUUCUACAGCGAAGCGGACGCGUCUCACUGUAUCCAACAAAUCCUGGAAAGCGUACACCACUGCCACCACAAUGGAGUUGUGCACAGGGACCUGAAACCCGAAAAUUUACUCCUCGCAAGUAAGGCGAAGGGCGCGGCUGUGAAAUUAGCGGACUUUGGAUUGGCGAUCGAGGUGCAGGGUGAAGCGCAGGCAUGGUUCGGUUUCGCUGGGACGCCCGGUUACCUCAGCCCGGAAGUCCUGAAGAAAGAGCCAUACGGCAAGCCAGUCGACAUCUGGGCGUGCGGUGUCAUUCUUUACAUCCUUCUGGUCGGUUAUCCGCCAUUCUGGGACGAGGAUCAGCAUCGAUUGUACGCGCAGAUCAAGGCCGGAUCGUACGACUACCCAAGCCCAGAAUGGGACACCGUCACGCCGGAAGCCAAGAACCUAAUCAAUCAGAUGCUGACGGUGAACCCAAGCAAAAGGAUCACCGCCAGCGAGGCAUUGAAGCACCCAUGGAUCUGCCAACGUGAACGUGUCGCGUCCGUUGUCCACAGACAAGAGACUGUGGAUUGCUUGAAGAAAUUCAACGCAAGGCGCAAAUUAAAAGGCGCUAUUCUGACGACGAUGUUGGCGACGAGGAACUUUUCCAGUAAGUAUGAUGCACAGGGUCGGAGCAUCAUCACGAAGAAGGGCGAUGGCUCUCAGGUGAAGGAAUCGACCGACAGCAGCACAACGAUCGAGGACGAUGACGUGAAAGAGGAUAAGAAGGGCGGCGUCGACCGGAGCAGCACGGUCAUUGCCAAAGAACCCGAAGGCCCCGCCUCCCAGGGCACGCCCCCGAACAGUCCCGCCGCCGUGUCCGCGUUCUCCAGGGUAGUCGGGGCGGCGAGGGAGACGAACAAGCAGAACCAGGUUCAGGGAAACCCCCUUGGAUUAGCCGCGGUACUCCUACAGGGAGCACAAGCUGGCAGCGCAGGAAGCGGUAGCAGCAGCGGUAGCAGCAGCAACAGCCAAAACAGCCAGACUGGCGCGUCACCGUCCUCGCCGGCGGCCAUCUACAUCGGCAGCAACCACGCGGCGACGCCCACGGCAUCGUCGCGACGCUACGACUCCUCCAGCAACGAAGCGGAAAUUCGACGCGCGAACAACCCCGGAUACAUGCCGCUUAUUCAAAACGAGUCAGAAGAUGGUAAGAAGAGUACCAACGCCGCACGCCGUCAGGAGAUCAUCAAGAUGACUGAGCAACUCAUAGAAAGCAUCAACACCGGAGAUUUCGAGGCGUACACGAAAAUCUGUGAUCCACAUCUGACUGCAUUCGAGCCAGAGGCUCUAGGUAAUUUAGUCGAGGGAAUGGAUUUCCACAAAUUUUACUUUGAUAAUGCAGUCUUGGGGAAAAACUGCAAAGCCGUGAACACGACGAUCCUGAAUCCCCAUGUGCACCUACUUGGCGAGGAUGCCGCGUGCAUCGCGUACGUUAGGCUGACACAGUACAUGGACAAACAAGGAGUAGCGCACACCCACCAGAGCGAGGAGAGCCGCGUAUGGCACAAGAGGGACAACAAAUGGCAAAAUGUGCAUUUCCAUCGUAGCGCGGUCACAGGGCCGUCGCCGUUCACCUAUAAUCACAAGUAAAUCGAUGCGACGGUUCAAAAAGAAUAAAGGGGAGGAAGUAGAAGAAAAGGGCCGAUGUGUCGGUGGACGCUCGUCGCCUUCGACGCGUGGAAUGGACGAACGAAACCGUGCAAGAAACGCGCGAGCACACGUUACACCUGAGUCCUAACACACGAUCGGGAUAAAUAGAUAAAUACAUAAUACGAGCGUCUAUCUAUUUAUUUAUUUAUCGAUGUACAUGUACACACAUACACACGAACACCGACAGGACACGUGAACACGCGUAUAAAAAUUGGUAUUAAACGCGAGAAAAUGGAAAGAAGCGAGAAUAGUCGCGAAAGUGAUCGGAUAAGUCGAUAUUUUUGAGCUCGAUUCAGUACCUGUUCAGCGUACUUACCAUCAAGCACCGCGACUCGUGCCUCGGCCUCGAUGGAGGAACGAUUUCCGAUGGAUUCGAGAUAGUAAUUUUCGAUAAAGAGGAUAUCGAAGAAAGAAGAAAUUUGACGGCUAAACAAUUCGGAAGACUGUACUCUAUAUAUAUGUAUGUAACGAAAAUCUUUAAUCGGUGAAGAAAAUUGUGUUCGAGAUGUCUGAAAGUUUCUUAAGUGUCAAUCAAGGAAUAAAUAAUAUUACUGAAAUGCAUGAAAUACACUAUAUAUACUAGAACAUUAAAAACGAAUAUCAUAUAAAGAAGGGAAAAAUAGAAACGGAUUAUAACCAAAGAAUUUUCCAAUGUCUCGAUUUUCACAUCUUCAUUCCGUCUCCAAUUCAAAAACUCGAGGAACAAUCUUGCCAAUUUUCUAAACGAAAGAGAAGCAACAAAAGUAUUUGUAAAAAUAAUUGGAACGGGGACGUAUAAAAGUAUGAGAAGAGACGGAGCAAGAUCAUCACAAAACCCCGAAGAUCCUAGGAAAGAAGAGAAUCAAAAAAACGGUGGAAAAUGAAGCAGAAGAGUGUGUGUUCCAGGUGAGGAGGUCAGCGGUGAACGUCAAAAACGGGAAGUACGCGUAUAUCCAGGAAAUUGGAAGUAUGCACGGAAGAAAGGAAGGAAUGGUGGUGAAUGUUACACCGCAUGCGAGAAAAAUGAAGCCGCGAACGACGAGGGAGAUGACGCCGGCACGUCGGCAACCACGCGUAUUUAGUUCGUAUGAUAGUCGCUGUACAGAACAAUCUUCCAUUGUAAUUUUUUUUCUUCUAAUUUUCGUUCUCGUCUCUCGCUACGACGACACACCGGGGGAAAAAAAAAAAGAAAAAAUCCAUUGUAGAUUCGCGCGCGCGCGCGCGCGCUAUCUCUUGUGAAACAAGUAUGAACAUACAUACACACACGCGCGUACGAGAAUUUGUCCAAGUGUACCUGCCGUAUCGUUGCAUAAUAAUUCGUUCGAAUGUUUCGUGGCGUUCUAUUUGAUUCACGAUAUAUAAUAUAAUAUUAAUAUAUCGAACAGCGUUAAUUUAAAAAAAAAAAUGGUUCCAUAACACUCGUUCGUUUAUGUAAUUAAUGAAAGCGUUAUGUGUUAUUUAUAUGAUUACAAACGAUACCGUACGUACGCUUACAAGCGUCUAGGAUAUGCUCGAAGCGAGCAAGCUCGGAUCUAUAUAGGCUUUCGAUCGGACAAAAAAAAAAAAAAAAAGGAAAGCUCCUCGCUCGAGAUCGAUAUCGGUGCAUACGCUCGCGUUGUACACACACAUAUAAACACACAUAUACACGUAUAGAGAUUACGCGCGAUAAGUCCAAGAGGGAGAGAAGAGCGAUCUUUAAACAUUGUUACCUCAUCGUCGUAAGGAAGAAAUGUCGCGACUGACGCGACUUGUGAAUCGGCGCCGCGAUUCACGAUCCGCCAGCCUCGCGCACGUUUCGUUUUACAAGUCGACCUCGAAUCCUCGAGCUAUGUCGAACGUCGAGACCAAGGCGAGGAGAAAAGUAGAGCGUAGAAAUAGAUAAAGCGAAGAAGAUGGGAUUUCGAAUCGAGUAAAAAAAAAAA